UGAUUGGACAGCCUGGGAAGAGUAGGCGGCCAAAAGAACCUGGGGAGAACAAAAUUAAGCCUGUUAACAAAAAAAUAAAACCCAAAACUUCCAAAAUGAAGGAUAGAGAAUCUGCUGACUCCUCUUUGAAGUCCCAGUCCAUACUGACACAGGUGAUGGAUAAAGGUCGUUUCCAGAAACUAGCUGCCACUUUAAGCCUGUCUGCAGGACAAAGCAUAGAACUGCGAUGUAAGGGGAGUAAUGUUACUUGGAACUAUCCUUCAUACUUGGACACCUUUAAAGACUCCAGACUCAGUAUAAAGCAGCUUGACAGGUACAGUCAGCUGAUCCUCGCAAACUCCACUGCAGCAGACACAGGUGAAUAUAGCUGCUGGCUUCAGCUGUGCAAUGGUAACAAAUGCAGGAAGGAUGAGACUAAAACAGGUUCAACGUACAUCUUUUUCACAG